AUGCAAUCUAGAUCAAUAUAUCGAAGGCAGCUGCCAAAACUUAUGGCAUGUAUGACUAAAACGAGUUUGGAAAAUUUGAGAAACAGAGCUUUAUUUAGUUUAGAAGCUUUGGAUGCGAAGGGGAUUCGUAGGAGAAAGCGGCCUUUGCACCAAUGCCUUAUACUCGAACUUAGAGAAUCUGGCUUCUUUGAAUCGUCAGAUUAUCUUCAAGAUCUAAUAUACGAUAACAUACAAUUAGUGAAGAACGAUGACAUCGGUAUUGUCGUUGAUUUGAGAAAUAGGGAAGACUACUUAGAACACAUUUGCGCUGGGCUUAUCCAAGCAGAGAAGUAUCGUGAUAAAGGUGACACGAAGAAGGAAUGUCUAGAGCUCCUCGUGCUAGCCAUGCACUACGCGGAGAAGGGGAAAGGGAUUCUGUGGCUCGCGGAGAAGUUUUUUCUCGCUUCGAUCGCUGUUUCCAGUCAAUAUCUGAUUGAUGGCGGUAGGCAGAAGGGCUGCUGCAAAUAUCACUAUGCGAAGUUUCUUCUGGAUAAGUUCCCUGGCGCGGAUCCAGAAGAACCUUUUGUUAUUUUGACGGAAGUCAGGGAUAGCGCCAUUGGAAAGGAUUGGCCUUUAUAUGAAGCUACGGAUGAAGGUCAAGAGGUUUCCUCUGAAUUGCUGUUUUCCGCUACAGCGUCUCAACUGCAUCGGGUCCUUGUGAAUAAAGCUAGGUCAUGCCGAAAGAAGGAUGUAGCUAAGUCGGAGACACUCGCUCGUUUAGCCGAAAGAAGAGCAAGAGAUGCAAAAGAUAUCCCGAAAACGGCUGAAGCAAUAAUUGAGAUCGGAAUAAGUCAACUAAUGAUGAAUAAUUUGAACAAUGCCCAAAAAACAUUUGAGAAGGCGUUUAAAAUUCACACGGAGAGCAAUAACGUUGAAGGUUUGUGUGAAACCCGAAUGCAUAUGGCCGCUGUAAUGCAAAGGUUGGGUGAUCACGAAAGAGCCGCAAAGCUCCUGACCGAGAUGGGAGCUUCAGCUAUGGAAUAUGGUUUACGACGUCAACUUGGAAGAGCGUUACAUCUGUUAGGAGAGCUACAUCUGCGCCGGGAGCGUCCAGAACUUGGCACUCAGCAUUUAACCGAAGCCUUCCAUUGUUUUUUAGGCGUUAAUUGGAGCAUGGUAGACGUGUCUGGUAAAAUAAAAACUGAAACACUCAAAUCUAAACAAGAUGAAGGCAUAGAUGUAAUAUAUAAACAUGAAACCGUCAACGUAAUCUUCGAGGAGGAAGCGGAACAAUCACGGCUUAUGAUGGCUAUUUCUGCAGGACAAGAAUUGAUGGCGUCAUAUUUUGAACUUUUGAGGGAGGGUAGAAAAUGUUCUAUCGCGAAGGUAAAGGUGAUUGAAUGGAAAUUAUCGAAAUCCGGUUGGUGGGUGAAAAGGCAUCAUCAUGAUCUUCUACCGUGCUUGUGCCCAUUACAUCGACGAUCGCCUCUUGAUGUACUAAGGAUGAAACUGGAUAAACAGUAUAUGACUUCGGAUGGAUCCGAAGUGGAUGCCGCUGGUCUCAAAAGAACUGGCGACGUUGACGAUAUCAGAAAACUGAGAAGCAGUUUUGGACAGUCCAAUGUUAUUGAAGGUAUUAAUUAA